AUGGGAGGUUCGCGGAACCAAGUGAACAAGGCUCACAAGACGCGCGCGAAAAAAAAAUCUCCCCCUCUUUCUUCUUCUUCUUCUUCUUCUCUGUCUCUCCAUUUCCCGCUCCUCCAGAGAUUUUCAUUCCGGCCCCCGUGUUUUGAAGCCUCUCAAGUAGUUGGGAGAGGUGAUGCAAAUAGGGGUUUAGGAGGUUUAUCUCUGUACCACUCAAUAUACUCGCCUCAUUUACCUGCUCAAAUGGCCUCCCUCGCUGCUCUUUCCCCCUCCGCCCUCCUCUCCCGCCCCUCCUUCUCCCCACACCGCACCCUUUCCUGCUCCCUCGGCUCUUCCGCUCCUCCUUCCACCACCGGGGCGCGUGGGCCUGGUUAUAAAAGGUCUGGCAGAGUGGAGGGGCCGCGGAAGAGCAUGGAGGAUUCUGUGCAGAGGAAGAUGGAGCAGUUUUAUGAGGGCAGGGAUGGCCCGCCUAUUCGUGUCUUGCCGAUUGGUGGGCUGGGAGAGAUUGGGAUGAAUUGCAUGCUUGUUGGGAAUUAUGAUCGAUAUAUACUCAUUGAUGCCGGAAUUAUGUUUCCCGACUUUGAUGAACUUGGAGUCCAAAAGAUAAUACCGGAUACCACAUUUAUCAGGAAAUGGAAGCAUAAAAUUGAGGCCAUUGUUAUUACUCAUGGCCAUGAAGAUCACAUUGGUGCGUUGCCUUGGGUGAUUCCAGCUUUAGAUCCCAGUACGCCUAUAUUUGCAUCCUCCUUCACCAUGGAGCUCAUUAGAAAACGUCUGAAGGAAAAUGGGAUUUUUGUUCCAUCUAGACUCAAAAUGUUUAAAACUAAAAGGAGAUUUAUGGCGGGGCCAUUUGAAAUUGAACCUGUCCGAGUGACACAUUCUAUUCCUGACUGUUGUGGAUUGGUUCUUCGCUGUGCUGAUGGAACAAUUCUCCAUACCGGGGACUGGAAGAUCGAUGAGUCACCACUGGAUGGUCAAGGUUUCGAUCGUGAAGGUCUGGAAGAACUUUCAAAAGAAGGAGUAACAUUGAUGAUGAGCGACUCUACAAAUGUUCUCUCGCCUGGAAGGACAACAAGUGAAUCCUCUGUGGCAGAUGCACUGUUGAGGCAUAUUUCAGCAGCUCAAGGGAGGGUUAUUACUACCCAGUUUGCUUCAAACAUACAUCGACUUGGAAGUGUGAAAGCUGCUGCUGAUGCUACUGGUAGAAAGUUGGUAUUUGUUGGUAUGUCUUUAAGGACAUAUCUUGAUGCAGCUUGGAGGGAUGGGAAGGCACCAAUUGAUCCAUCAACCCUGGUGAAAGUGGAAGAUAUUGAUUCCUAUGCUCCAAAGGAUCUGCUAAUUGUCACUACUGGCUCUCAAGCAGAACCACGUGCAGCUCUAAAUCUUGCAUCGUUUGGAAGUAGUCACUCUGUCAAACUGACCAAGGAAGAUAUCAUUUUAUAUUCUGCUAAGGUGAUUCCGGGUAAUGAAUCUCGGGUAAUGAAAAUGUUAAACCGCAUAUCUGAUAUGGGCUCAACAAUAGUGAUGGGUAAGAACGAGGGGCUGCACACUUCUGGUCAUGGUUACCGCGGGGAGCUGGAGGAAGUGCUUAGAAUAGUGAAGCCGCAACACUUUUUGCCCAUACAUGGAGAACUCUUAUUUCUCAAAGAGCAUGAAUUGCUCGGGAGAUCAACUGGCAUCCAUCACACCACUGUGAUAAAGAAUGGGGAAAUGCUUGGGGUUUCUCAUUUGAGAAACAGAAGGGUACUUUCAAAUGGUUUCACCAUGCUUGGAAAGGAGAAUCUGCAGUUGAAAUAUAGCGAUGGUGAUAAAGCAUUUGGUACGUCAAGUGAGCUUUGUGUUGAUGAGAGACUAAAGAUUGCCUUAGAUGGCAUAAUAGUGGUCAGCAUGGAAAUUUUACGCCCCCAAAAUGUAAAUGGUCUGGCUGAAAGUAGCAUAAAAGGAAAGAUAAGAAUUACUACCCGAUGUCUGUGGAUUGACAAAGGAAAGCUAUAUGAUGCACUCUAUAAAGCUGCCCAUGCUGCACUGUCAAGCUGCCCCAUUAAUUGUCCUCUACCUCACAUGGAAAGAACAGUGUCUGAGGUAUUGAGGAAAUUGGUAAGGAAAUACAGUGGUAAAAGACCAGAAGUUAUUGCUAUUGCCAUGGAAAACCCCACAGCAGUUCUUGCUGAUGAGGUCAGUACAAGACUAUCCGGAAAGUCCCAUGUUGGUUAUGAGAGGUCAGCGUUGCGAAAAGUAAAUGAUGGCAAUUCAAAUAAGAGUCCGUCAACUAAGGCACAAGCAGAUGAAGCCAAGGACAAUACAGAGAAAGAUAUUGAAGAUGAUGGUGUUGAAGUCAAAACACCACUGCCUGUGGAACUUUCUACAAGUUCAAGUUUCAAUCCCGAAAAUCUUUCUUCUGAUACAGAGGAGCCAGAUGAUUUCUGGAAUUCAAUGGUAAAGUUAUCAGCUGGUAGCAAGGUGGCAGAUAAUAAAAAUGAUAUGGUUCUGCAAGACGAAAAUCUAAAGAAAGAUAUUCCUGAGAGCACUGAAACAACAACUCCUUCAAAGCCCGUGAAACGGAACAAAUGGAAGCCAGAGGAGGUUAAAAAGUUUAUUGAAAUGCGUGGGAAACUGCAUAGCAGAUUUCAAGUUGUGAAGGGGAGAAUGGCGCUCUGGGAAGAAAUAUCUAGAAACUUGUCGGCUGAGGGGAUCAAUCGAAGCCCUGGGCAAUGCAAAUCUUUGUGGGCAUCUUUGGUUCAGAAAUACGAGGAAAGCAAGAGUGGAAAGAGGAGCCGAAAGAGUUGGCCAUACUAUGGGGAAAUGGAUGGAGCUUUGUCAGAUCCAGAGGCAAUGGCAACAAAGUGAUUGGGGGAGACAGACACCAUGAACAAGGGUCCUCAGAAUUGAUAUUUUCUCUCAAAUACCUCGAGCUUUAACCAAAUGGCAACUUGUCCACAACUUUGAUUGUUCAAAUGUCUUUCAAUGUAAAGACAGUUAUCACCUUCCAAAUCAAAGUAGUGAGAAAGCUGGGAAUGGGUUAUAUAUUGUGCCCACACAGCCUUGAUGCAUAUCAGCAUAUCAGUUCAAUGAGAUAGAUAAUCAAGGAGGGUAAGGCCGUAAGGGGAUGGGGAUUUUCUAUGAUGAGGGGAGAUCAAAAUUGUUUGUCCUGCAUUGUUCCCAAUCAUACAUUAUUCUUGUAUUGACACUGAAAGUAGAAUUCUACUGUUCUGUGACAAACUAACAGUUUGACAUACUAUGCUCUACGAUACGGUGGUCAGGCUUCAUGGU